AUGGUCGCCAAAACUACUAUUCAACACCCAAAUUCCUCCUCCCUGCAAGGCUUUAACGGCAGUACAACGAUGGCGGUGGAGCACUCAGAGAUGAUAUCGGGAUUUGUUGCUGGAUGUUCCAAAUCUUCAUUGAACAAGACUCGUAAAUUAAAGUCAAAGGGCCAAUAUGUGUUACAACUGGCUCCACUAGUGAUUGAUAGAAGGAUCAAGAUUGAAAAGAUGGCUGUGUUGUUGUCGUCGGACAAGCCUUCAAAUCUGAGGCUGAACGAGGCUCAACAUCAAGAUGAACACUCAUCGUUGACUCAACAGGAAACUAACUCUGGCUCGCUCUAUUUUGUUGAAGAUAGUUUGAAACCGGCUAGCUCUUCUGAUUUCGAUGAUUUUGUGAUUGUGUAA